AUACGUCGCCAUUAUUCACCCUAUCAAAGCUCAUAUCGUGUGUAACAAGCGUCGGAUCGUUGUGAUUUUGGGAUGUAUAUGGCCGUGCGCAUGGGCAGCGGGACUCCCUACCCUGAUAUUUAACGAGGUCAGACAAGGGCAUCCUCACAUACCUGUUCUGUACUGUAUGAUGGUUUUCCCUGAUAACCACAUAUUCUACUUCAAAAUCUUUAAAUACAUCGAGUCGGUGCUAUUUUAUUUCCUUCCCUUGUUGAUACAGAUAGUCUUAUACGCUUUUAUCACGAAACACCUCUUCCUGGGAUCAGACAGGCUCCAUCGCAGAGUAACAGUGCGCCAGGUGAAUGGGUCCUCCUUGGAGCGAUUCUCGGAGGCGCUUCAAGCUUGCAGGGGCGUGGUUAAAAUGCUGAUGAUGAGUGUCAUUGUAUAUUUCAUAAGUUACUCACCGAAUCAGAUCUUACUUAUCUGUAACACGAUUUCCCCAACCACGUUCCACGAAAACUUCUCUUUUCAAGUGUUUACAAUGAUCGUAGCUAAUUUGAAUUCCGCGGCAAAUCCAGUGCUGUACAGUAUAUUUAGUCAGAACUUUAGACAGUGUUUUAGAUACAUGAUGUGUGCAUCGUGUGUGAGACGACCGAAGCCCAAACCCGCGCGACAAAUUACACUAACAUCAAACGGAUCGAGACUGUGGAGACACACAAGUAUGGCCUCCGCCGCGUCCACGGAAGUGUAGGCCUCUAGAGAUGCUGGCUUGUAUAUUGUUCGAGAUCAGAGUGUUGCGGAACGAAAGCUAAAAGCCUCGGGACGCUUUUUGACAUAUCUUCUUUUUGUUUCCCUUUAUGUUGAUGAAGGAACUAAUAAAUGUUGAAAUUCUGUUUCUUCAGGUCA